AUGUCUUGCAAAAAGGUAUUAGCUUCAGAUAUAGCACAGGUUUACAGAGACGAAGUGAAAAAAAUUAUAUCCUCAAAAGGAAUUCGUCCUAAACUUGUUGGCUUUUUGGCAAAUAACGACCCGGCCGCGGUAAAAUACGCAAAAUGGACGGGAAAGUCUUGCCAAGAAAUUGGGGUGGAGUUUGAAUUACGGGAAUGUCCUCGUGAAGAAUUGGAAAGUAGGAUUAUGGAAGCGAAUGAGGAUAAAAAUGUGCAUGGGAUGAUGAUUUAUUAUCCGGUGUAUGGAGAUCGACAGGAUCAAUAUCUUCAAAAUAUAGUCGAUUAUCACAAAGAUGUCGAAGGCCUAUGUCACAUGUACGUCUCUAAUAUGUAUCAUAAUAUUAGGUAUAUUAACAAAGAUGAGAAUAAAAAGAGUAUAAUUCCGUGUACACCAUUGGGAAUCGUAAAGGUUCUUGAAUAUAUAAAAGUUUAUAAUCCUGUGCUUCCAUAUGGUAAUCGACUAUAUGGACGCGUCAUUGGGAUAAUUAAUCGAAGUGAAGUUGUCGGACGACCAUUGGCAGCAUUAUUAGCCAACGACGGGGCAAAAAUAUAUUCCAUUGAUAUAAAUAAUAUCGAAAUAUUUACACGUGGGGCUGGAUUAAAAUUGCAUAUGCAUAAGGUACAAGAAACAAGUUUGCAAUUAGAGGAGGUAAUACCCCAAUGCGACGUCGUCAUAACAGGCGUUCCCUCCAAAUCCUAUAAACUCUCGACAGAUAUGUUACGUGACGGUGUGGUCGCAAUAAAUUUUUCGGCGUUCAAGAAUUUCGAGGAUAACGUUACCGAGAAAGCUAGUAUCUAUGUGCCGGCUGUUGGACAAGUCACUAUUGCUAUGUUAGAACGAAAUCUCUUACGAUUAUACGAAUAUUUUCAUGAGAAUUUGGAAUGA